GCGAGUGGCAACAAUUAAGAACAAAAUUAAACAGGUGAGAAAACAUUAUAAGUAUUCUUCAAAUAAUAAUUGUGGAGAAACAUUAGUUUGGAAACAUGAUCAGAAAAAAUAGAAGCACCAGCACCGUUAGCAAUGUUAGAACCCUCAAACAAAUUCGCGCUUUAAUGAUCGUUAACGGUUACAAUUCGAACGUUGGUUUCCUCCGAAAACUCGUUCUCGCCGCCGCCAUGUCAAUGGUGGGUCCCGCCGCCACAACCGCCGUGACACAAUACGCACUCCAAAUGUUCGCUCAAAUUCCCCAACCAGACACCUUCAUGUGGAACACCAUCAUCAGAGGCUCAUGUCAGAGCCCCGAUCCCGUGCACGCGGUUGCACUGUACGCCCAGAUGGACCAGCGUUCCGUGAAGCCUGAUAACUUCACUUUCCCCUUUGUUCUCAAGGCUUGCACCAAGCUUUUAUGGGUCAACACCGGUUCUACUGUUCAUGGCCGCGUUUUGAGGCUUGGGUUCGGUUCAAAUGUGGUUGUGAGUAACUCCCUUUUGGUUUUUCAUGCUAAAUGUGGAGACUUGAAGGUUGCAACUGAGAUUUUUGAUGAUUCGGAUAAGGGCGAUGUGGUUGCUUGGUCUGCACUCAUUGCGGGGUAUGCCCAAAGAGGGGAUUUGAGUGUUGCGCGGAAACUGUUUGAUGAAAUGCCGGAGAGAGAUUUGGUUGCUUGGAAUGUGAUGAUCACGGGGUACGCAAAGCACGGGGAGAUAGAAAGUGCUAGGAGGCUUUUUGAAGAGGCUCCUGUGAGGGAUGUUGUUAGUUGGAAUACGGUGAUCGGCGGUUAUGUGCUUCGGGGGUUGAACCGGGAGGCAUUGGGGUUGUUUGAUGACAUGUGUGGAGUUGGAGAGUGCCCUGAUGAGGUGACAAUGUUGAGCUUGUUGUCUGCUUGUGCUGAUUUGGGGGAUUUGGAGAGUGGUGAGAAGGUGCAUGACAAGAUCAUGGAGAUGAGCAAGGGGAAGUUGAGCACAGUGUUGGGGAAUGCUCUUGUUGAUAUGUAUGCCAAGUGUGGAAAUAUCAGUAAAGCAAUUCAUGUGUUUUGGUUGAUAAGAGAUAAAGAUGUCAUCUCGUGGAACUCGGUCAUUUGGGGGUUGGCCUUUCAUGGCCAUGCUGAAGAGUCACUUGAUCUGUUCAGGGAAAUGCAGAGGACCAAGGUUUGUCCAGAUGAGAUCACUUUUAUUGCUGUUUUGGCAGCCUGUAGUCAUGCUGGGAAUGUUGAUGAGGGUAAUCGUUAUUUUCAUCUUAUGAGAAGUAAGUACAAGAUUGAGCCAAACAUUAGGCAUUGUGGGUGUGUGGUGGACAUGCUAGGGCGUGCUGGACUUUUAAAGGAAGCGUUUGAUUUUAUAGCUUCCAUGAAGAUUGAACCUAAUGCGAUUGUUUGGAGGAGUUUUCUUGGAGCUUGCAAAGUUCAUGGAGAUGUGGAGUUGGCAAAACGAGCAAAUGAGCAGCUGCUUAGAAUGAGAAUUGACCACAGUGGUGACUAUGUGUUGCUGUCAAACACAUAUGCUUCACAAGGUGAGUGGGGUGGGGCUGAGAAGGUAAGGAAGUUAAUGGAUGACAAUGGUGUGACCAAAAAUCGUGGCUCCUGCUUUGUUGAGGCAUAUAGCUGAUGAUCAUCACGUGUUAAAUGAUUGAUAACAUGGAUGUUGAUCAAUUAUGGAAAUAUCAUUUAUUCAGUUUUGGUAUAUUAACACCAAUAAGUAGGUGAAUUUAAAAAUGGUCUACGCCCAUGAUCCAACUCCAUUGGGAUAACCACAAUAAGAAACUUCGAGCUUGCAGAAGAAAACUAGUUUUGGCAUAUUCACACAAAGGUCAAUUUGUUUCUAGGGGAGUGAACAUGAUGGGGUGGAGAUAUAUUUGAUCUUUGGGGCUGUUAAGAUGUUUGUGCGUGCAACGUAUCCAUAUCAUAUGGAGUAUGAAGCAAUCCAUGUAAAAACUCAUAAAUCUCGGGAUUUGAAUUCAAAGCCUGGAUGAAGAUUGAACCUAAUGCAGUUAUUGAAGGACUUUGCUUGGAGCUUGCAUAGUUAAUGGAGAUGUGAGGUUGGCAAAACGCGCAAUUGAGUUGCGUAAUGCGUGUCUUCUUGUGCUUCAAUGCACAUUGGUGUGACAGAGAAUGAGCUCUGGCUUUAUCGAAGCCGAUAAUAAAGCUCUAAUGCAUUAUUUGUUUGAAUCAAAACCAAAGUUGAAAUCAAAUGCCAUUGCAAGGAGGUAAUUAUUUGUCGUCACAUUCUUGUAAUGUGUAGUCAAUGUAAAAUGAAUUCUUUUUUAAACAUGGGAUGGCCAUGCUUGAACUAUUUAUAUAUGACAAAAUUUAAUGUUUGAAUAGUUUGCUUGCCAUAAUAGUUCUUGCUU